GCGGUCCGCCAGGCCGGGGAGUCAGGUAGGCGGGGCCCCUGGUUCCAAACCCUGGGAUCCGCUAGCGGGCGGCAGGCGGGGAUCGGGAGGGCGAAGGAGGUUGUCCUGUUUUCCGAUCAGGGAGGACGGAGAAGCGUUUCGCAGGCGUAGGACUCCCCGCCUCCUCAGGUGACCACCGGGCCUGCUGGAGCCCGGCCUUGGCGGGACCUGCACACCUCGGCGGGAGCUUGGAGUUCGUCUGUCCGCGGGGAGGAGGCCGGCAUCCGAGCGUGCGGUCCGGCUCUGCCUUAUUUUUGCUCCGGUGGUCCCGGGCCCGGGCUUUGCUCACCUCCGUCCCUGAGAAGCCAGCUCCACCCCAGGAGGUUUGAAGUUUGAGCCUCCGGUAAACUUUAUGACAACUUCGCUUUCCUCAAAUUGAUGACACUCAGAGCUCCGACAGUUGGCGAGUUUUGAGCACCGUGCACGGGACAGGAUACUGGAACCCCGUGAUUAAAAUGGCUUCCAGAGGAAAGACAGAGACAAGCAAACUAAAGCAGAAUUUAGAAGAGCAGUUGGAUAGACUGAUGCAGCAGUUACAAGACCUGGAGGAAUGCAGGGAGGAGCUCGAUGCGGAUGAAUAUGAAGAAACUAAAAAGGAAACUUUGGAGCAGCUGAGUGAGUUCAACGAUUCGCUGAAGAAGAUUAUGUCAGGAAAUAUGACUUUGGUAGAUGAACUCAGUGGGAUGCAACUGGCCAUCCAGGCAGCCAUCAGCCAGGCCUUUAAAACUCCUGAAGUCAUCAGAUUGUUUGCGAAGAAACAACCAGGCCAACUUCGGACAAGGCUAGCCGAGAUGGACAGAGAUCUGAUGGUGGGGAAGCUGGAAAGAGAGCUGUAUACCCAGCGGAAGGUGGAGAUACUGACAGCACUCAGGAAACUCGGAGAGAAGCUGACAGAAGACGAUGAGACCUUCCUGUCAGCCAAUGCAAGUGCUGUGCUCAGCCAGUUUGAAAAAGUCUCCACAGAGCUUGGCUCUGGAGACAAGGUCCUUGCUCUGGCAGGGUUCGAUGUUGAAAAAGCCAAGAAAUGACGGCGUGGUGGGUUUGGCUCUGCCGGCCCCACCCCUCCUGCACACGGUGCUUCCAUCCUGAGGACUCAGGCCACACAAAGCUGUAGAGACUCUCACAAUGCAGCAACAGCCCAGGAACAGGUGACUUGGAACACAGUGUGGCUUCUGCCUAGGGUCCUCGUCCCUCUCUCUGUGGAUCUCCCUUCUUACGUGACCCCAGGCUUGUUGGACAGAGGGACAUUGUUCACUAUGAUUCGUUUUGUUAAGAUAUCUUGGUUUUAGUGCUGAUAGGUGUGAGAGCUAUGAGCUAAGACUGUCCUGACCUCUGUCUGCAUGCCUUGGGAUGGACAGCAGUGAUGUCCCUGGCCCUCCUGUGGCUGGAGAAUCUUUUCAGUUUUUAUACAAGGAAACCAAGACUUAGCACUUGUGAUGUCUAAAGUCACAUUAGAGGCAGAGCUGAGGCUGGGGCUCAGGUGUCCUGAAUCCAAGUUUUACUUCUUUAUUCUGUACUGUUUUAUAUAUAUAUAAUAAUUAACUUGUAUUUGUGCAAAUUGGUGUCUAUGAAAAUUCAGUGUCCUAACUCAGUUGAAUGGGCACUGAGGGGCUGUUCCUAGCCUGUUCAUGGGCAGCAUGAAUGGGCCCCAUUGUAUCUCUGGGUUCCUAAGAAGCAACAAUGGGAGCCCUGUUGAGAGCCUCCCGAAGUAACUUAACCCCCUGCCUGUCUCAGUGGGGAAGCAAUAGGAAAUGGCAACCCACAGCCCUCUGGGUCUGACCUCUUGCCAGCUCUGUGGUGGUGGUAAUAGCAAGUUACUAUCAACUGUGCAGUUUGGGGAGAAACACAAAAUAAGUUAUGAGGAAAGCGAGUUUCUCCCUAGGAGCCAUGGCUCUGCAUGGGCAGCCUCACCCUUGUCUUCUCUCUCUCUCUCUCUCUCUCUCUCUCUCUCUCUCACACACACACACACACAUACAUACACACACACACACACACACACACACACACCCACACACACACCCACACACACCCACACCCACACACACACACAUACACACACACACACACACACACACACUCUCUCUCUCUCUCUCUCUCACACACACACACACACACACACACACACACACACACACACACACACUCUCUCUCUCUCUCUCACACACACACACACACACACACACACACACACACACACCCCUUCCCAGGCAUCGCCUGGAUUGGAUUCCUUUCUGUAUUUCUCAUUAUUCUUUUUUUUUUUUUUUUGCACUUUAUACAAAUGUAAACCAUUUUUACUGCUUCUUCUUAACUAAAGUUCUACCAGGUGCUUUGCCAACUGGACAAAUUAGGGGACCUCAGCUAUGUAAAUGCCUUAUUUGGAACUCA